ACACACGUACUGAUAAUAUAUCAUGCGAAAUGGCAUAUCGACGGAUAUAUUGAUAUACUUCAUUUCGCUGGGCUGGCCCUGGCGAAAACUGUGAAUUUUGCUUUGUAUCUGUAACUUUUCUCUUUAAAGCUGUUUUUUCUCAAGUACAACGAUUCUAUGAAUAGAAUCUCAGGACUGCUUAAUCGUCAAUCAAGAAGGAAUUUAAUUUUGAUUUGAAAAACGUGUUAUAUUCUGUACUAUCUAUCUACCGGUAUUGCGCUGGAUGCAUGCAUCCCUUCGUGAAUGUUGUGUACUUCUAUAUUCACCGUUUCAAUGUUUUGAUAUUGAUCAUGAAGUUUAAUAGUUCAUUCAUUCUUUGCAACGCAUCAUUGUAAAGCCUAACAGUACAAUUUUGGAGGACAAUCCAAGCUUUUGUUCAUAGAGCAGCUUCAAACGUAAGAAACAAGACUUUUUUUCAUCUGCAGAUACAUUCAGCUUCACAUUACACGCGAAACCUCUGCACUAUUUUACAUUGAUCAAUGAAAAUUGUGCACCAGUGCGGUGGAUCCAAUCGCACCAACAAGGCAUGCACAGGGGUUUGUGAAAUCACACUAAUUCCUUUACCCCCCUUUUCACCAACAAGGGUAUCUUAUUCUUGUCUGGAUUUAACACGAUGCAUGAUGACCGUUUCCACCUCAUGUCUACAUAGGAAUAUACGACAGUUGAAGCGUUUUGGAGCCCCUUCGAGCCUGGAUUUUGCCUGCCGUUUCGAGAGAGACGUGGUUGAAAGAUGGUCGUCAUGAUGGAGGAUUCGGCCGACCCCCCAACUCAGGCAAAACCUCGCCGCGGCCACAUACGCGUUGGGUUCUAUGACAUAGACCGCACCAUUGGGAAGGGUAACUUUGCAGUGGUGAAGUUGGCUAAACAUCGCAUUACAAAAUCUCAGGUUGCAAUCAAGAUCAUAGACAAAUCCAGGUUAGACGAUUCCAAUCUCAAGAAGGUAUACAGGGAAGUGCAAAUCAUGAAGAUGCUCUCGCAUCCGAACGUCAUUAAAUUAUACCAGGUUAUGGAAACAAAGAGUAUGCUAUACCUCGUAACGGAAUACGCAAGCAAUGGGGAAAUGUUCGAUUACUUAGACACACAUGGCCGGAUGUCAGAGAAGGAAGCGAAGAAGAAAUUCAUGCAAAUCAUCUCCGCCGUCGAAUACUGCCACAAACGGCAUGUUGUGCACCGUGACCUCAAGGCUGAAAACCUCCUCCUCGAUGGAAACAUGAACAUCAAGAUAGCGGACUUUGGUUUCAGUAAUUUCUUCACUCCUGGCGAGCACCUGGCAACGUGGUGCGGCAGUCCGCCGUAUGCUGCCCCAGAAGUCUUUGAGGGACAGAAGUAUGACGGACCUCAACUGGACAUUUGGAGCCUUGGUGUUGUGCUAUAUGUCUUGGUCUGUGGUGCUCUACCCUUCGAUGCCAACACUCUACCACAACUCAAGGAGAGGGUCCUAGCUGGCAAGUUCAGGAUACCAUUCUUCAUGUCACAAGAAUGCGAGCACCUGAUACGGCACAUGCUGGUCCUCAAUCCGGCCAAGAGGUUGUCCAUCGACCAGAUCAAGUCCCACAAGUGGUUUGCGGACUGCGGAGUGCCUGCUACCCAACCAGUCAGCCCCGUGACAGAGAUCCCCAAGCCCAUAGGAGAGUUCAACGAGCAGGCUCUGAGACUGAUGCAGAGCCUUGGAAUCGAUCAGCAAAAGACCGUAGAUUCAUUACGGAGAGAUGCCUAUGAUCACUACACAGCCAUCUACUACCUCCUAGUUGAGAGGUUAAGAUUACAUCGAUGCAGUUUUCCGGUCGAAGGUAGAGUGGACAGCCGCAGCCGUAGACCAAGUUCAAUCGCGGAUCAUGCAAUAAUGAGAACUCAUGGUGGCAACCUCACGAACAUUACUCCCCACCAACGAAACAGUAAUGCACGGAAUGCCAUUCAGGUCCAACAACAACCUUGCGUCAACACCUCGCAGCAGAUGCUCGGAUUCCGACCGAUUCAGCCAAUACAGCAGCCUACGCAACAGAUCGUGUCAGAGUCGGCGCAGUGUGCUUUGCAACGGAAGAGGAAAGAACCUCCUCUUCAACCGACCGCAUGUAUAUUUAGCGAAGGGGAGAUGGUUCCGGUUCCUCCAGCUGUAAGUGGGGCGUUACUUGAGCCUCUGCCAAGAAUGAACGUCAGAAAGGUGCGCUCAAUGUCCCCAAAUCAUAUGGUGGUGACGUCCAUCGACGAGGGUGUAGAAGCAGACUUGCCGGAAAGCGAGAAUGAAAUGGAGAAGGUCGAGUCAAUAGAACAUUUUAAAUCGCAGAGAACGCCCUCGCUCGCAGAGUCGUAUGAUAUACCAACAAGCAUGGCGCCGAGUUUGAGUGAUUUUGGCAUUGAACCUCAGGAACUGUCCGCUUCGUUUGAUUCGCAAGAGGAGAUGGAAGUUGCGCAGAGCUUCGCCCAUGUUCAAGCGCUCUCAGAUAGACUGUUCCCGUCAAAUUGCAAUUCACCAGAUCUGACGCAGCAGCAGGCAGAACCAAUUAUCCCACCUGCGCCACCACAGGCAAUGUUCCAUCAUUCAGCAUCGCUCGACCGCUCUGGAAGCCACUCGCCUGUCAGCUUCCGAGAGGGUCGACGAGCCUCUGAUGGGCUCAUUGCGCAAACAGGACUCUCAUAUAGACAGGUCAGUACAACUCCAUUAGCACAAGGACACACAGAUGCUAGUUUAGACAGGCAACUGAAAACAAAUGUGAAUAUGAAUUCAUGUAGUCUUGCAGCUGAUCAUUCUAAUCAAUUACAAAUAGUUGGAUUCAGUGGACAGCAGCUAACAGAAGUCAGCAAGGACAAUUCUGACUUGACAAAUCUUCCGUCCUGCCAGGUGGAACAAGAAUCCGUAUCGUGGCGCCGCUUUCCGGCUCAGGUCCAGUCUAUGGAACGGCGGCAAAACCGCAUGCACGCCAUGAAGCAAGGGGGUCAUACCGAGCCCCCUGGACACCUCACACACAGUGCAUCACUUGCUGGCAAAUCAAGUCUUGAGGAUAUGCCCAGGGAGUUUCCGAACCAGGUUGCACCGAAUCAACGCACCUUACAACGCACGCUCAUGCAACAAAGGCUGAUGCAGAAGCGCCAACAACUCCAGAAGCAGUCGCAACUCAGCCAACAGUUUGGCAGGAUGCAGCUGGAACGGCAGCCCAGCUUUGAAGGGCGCCCUCCCGCUCCCAACCGAACCGACUCCUACAAGCAAGCGCAACAGCACCCCGUUCUUCCACAGUACGCAAUCAACGACGAUUCCUCGUUGAACAAGUCGCUUAUUCAAUGUCACAAUGAGUUCAACCAGGCAACAUCGCUGGGCAGCAAUGCCCCUCUUCAUUAUGAUACAACGUUAAAUCAGGUGCCGCAAAACUUUGAAGCGCCCUCGUACGAUGAUAGCAUGGACACCUCGGACGUCACUGUGCCAGUGUCGCAAGCAGGCAACAAUUUUUCAUUCACUCCCUGCUAGCAGUGACUAUGCCACUAUUUUGUGGAUCCAUAGCUCAUUUUUUAGAUAUCAUUUUAGAAGUGCUGGCUGGUACAGCGAUUUUUGUUUGGAAUUUUGUGAAUCGAUGAUGAUCUUUAUUUUUUUUGGUGUAGACCCUCAAUAAUUUGAGGUAUGUGGAUAUUCCGUGUAUAUGCCCAUGUAUCCACAGAUUGUACUUAUUGAAGAAAAGAUUGUGUCGUAGAAAGUGGAAACAAUUGCCAGAAUCGGUGCAAUUUCCAGUAGCCAGGGAUGGCUGAAGGAGAGAUCAGAAGAAGAAAACAUAUUUUUUGGUAAAUAAUAUUUUGAAAUGUCAUUAUAUCGUAGCAAUGUUGAUAGGAGAAAUGUUUUAUUUUAACCAAGCAACCAUACCAAAGUCAGUGUUCAUUUAUCUCGUUGAUGAAAAAGACAAUGUAUUCCUCAAGAAAUUUACUCUUGCCAGGGAAAAAUCAAGCAGGAUUUUGUCAUGUAGGAAUUGAUUUAUUUUCUACGUGAGGUAGAGAAUAGUUAACUAUGUGUUAGCUAUGCUAAUUCCCUACCCUAUUUGUUUCAGUCCUUUGCAUGAGAUGUUCUGCUAGUAGUAUUUCAUGUUUGACAAGGAAUGAGAAAUUUACAUCUGUAUUAAAACAGCCUGUGUAAGUGUCACUGUAGAAUUCGAUGGGGGUUUGCAAGAAUUCGUUGUAAAAUUCUCAAUUGCAAGUCUUGAUUAAUUUUAGUUGUUGAAAAUGAAUGUACUCUGUCUGUUGCAAAAACAGGCAAAGGGGGCGUUUCACAUGUAGUUAGGUCUGAAUUAUAGUCAUGCUUAAGUUCUAACACGAGAGUUAACACAUAAUCUCAUAUACCAUGAGCGUGGUCUUUGUAUUGCAAUGGUGCAUUAUUUUGUGAAUCCAUGAUGAUUGCUGGGUUCGAAUUCCAGCCAUGGCGUGUUUUCCUUCAGCAAGAAAUUUACCCACAAUGUGCUGCAUUCAACCCAGGUGAGGUGAAUGGGUACCCAGCAGGAUUAAUUCCUCGAAAUGCACCUAGUGCUUGAAGGCUGCUUGAGCUAAAUCUAGGGUAAUGAUAAUAAUAAUCUUAACAAUGCGCCUUGGAAUAGAUUAUCUCAAGAUAGAUGGCGCAGUAUAAAUGCCUCAUCAUUAUUAUUAUUUUAGACCACAUGCAAUUUCAAAUUUAAGAGUGAUUGUUAAUCAGACUUAAAAUAAUUUUGUGAAACACCCCCUUCAAUCGAUGGCAGGAAAUAUGAUGGAUCUUAGGACCCAGACUUGACUAAGAAUUGAUUGCAACUUUAUCGCAAAUCCCCUCAAAGAUUGAGAAUAGCAAACAUUACUACUAGAGUAGCUCUUAGCAGUCCACCGAUGUGUAAAAGCUAGCUCUUGUUUGUUUUGUGAAAUGUGACCUAAAUCGUGUUGGCUCAUCUCAAAUUAGAUAUUGCGAAAAUAAUACAUAGUCUGACUUAGAGGCAAUUUUACUUGUACUGUUGAUCUUGUUGAAAGAAGCCACCUACGAAAUCAAGAUUCAUUAUUGGUCCUCAUCAAUAAGUAAGACUAGUUUACUUAGCAAUUUAUGUAUGCUGCCCAACUAAUGUAUACACUGCCUGCUCAAUAUUCAUUAGACCUGAAUAUUUCUUCUGCACAAAACACAUUUGAAAAAUGCAAUUUUGUAAAGAAAACAAUCACAUUGUUUCCUAUUUGAAUACCAUAUUUUAGUAUCCUGCUUGAGCAAAAAUAAACAAGAAAAGCUGUGUGAUAUUCAGUCUUUAAGGAAACCAAAACCCAAGAAGAGAAGCAAUCUUGUUGGAAAGAGUAAAAUGAAAGGAACAAUUUAGUAAAA